CAAAGCGGAGUUACUUUAUUAGAGCAUUUCUCUAGUUGCAUGCAUUCUUAUCAAGCAGACCAUUAAAAAAAGACCUGGUUUGUUUUUUGUUUUUGGAGGAUUUCUGGAAUUUCAUGAGAAAUGUUUUGAGCCACACACAAGGAACUCUAAGAGACAGGAUGGGACUAUGUGAAAGCAGGAAAAUCAGGAAAGAAAGGAAUAAUUCUCUAUAUAGACAGAAACCUCAGAAAUCCAUGAAAAGGAAAGUUCCACCACCUGCACCACCGUUAUUAUUUAUAUUUUACUCUAGACUGAAUCAAUGUUUCUGUUUGUCGCAUGCUAUAGGCAAGAAAUAUGUAAUAGCACAAUAUGCUUUCGUGUCUAUGAGUGAUCGAGAUCUGCCUUUGACUGUAGGAGAGAAAUUUGAAGUCUUAUGCAGUGAAGGGGAGUGGUGGUUAGCAAAAUCCCUUACUACUGGAAAGCAGGGCUACAUUCCUAGCAAUUUCGUAGUCACCAUCAAUAGCCUGGAAGAAGAAGAAUGGUUUUUUAAAAGACUUAACAGAAAAGAUGCUGAACGUUUAUUAAUGAUGCCUGACAACAAUAUAGGCUCAUUUUUGAUAAGGGAAAGCGAAAGUGUUCCAGGUGCAUUUUCACUUUCUGUUAGAGACAUCUUCUCUCAAGGGGAUAUUGUUAAGCAUUACAAAAUCUCCACUAUGGACCAAGGUGGAUACUACAUCUGCCCCAGGACUAUAUUUUCUUCUUUGCAGGAGCUUGUCAAGCAUUAUUCCACUAAAGAUAAUGGUUUGUGUCAGAGGCUAAGAUAUCCAUGCAAGUCUCUGACUCCACAAGUACCCUGGGCUGCUGAUGAAUGGGAAAUCCCACGAGACACUAUAAAACUCAUCAAGAAACUGGGAGCAGGCCAGUUUGGUGAUGUGUGGAUGGGCUACUACAAGAACAAUGUGAAGGUUGCAGUCAAGACAUUAAAAGAAGGCAGCAUGGCCCCGGAUGCCUUUUUGGCUGAGGCCAACUUGAUGAAGAGACUUCAGCAUAACAAGUUGGUUCGAUUGCAUGCUGUGGUGACCCAGCAGCCAAUUUAUAUUGUAACAGAAUACAUGGCCAAUGGAAGCCUGCUUGAUUUCUUCAACACCAAUGAAGGGAGGAAUCUGUCUCUUGCAAAACUAAUAGAUUUCUCUGCUCAGAUUGCUGAAGGGAUGGCGUACCUUGAGAGAAUGAACUUCAUCCACAGAGAUCUCAGGGCAGCCAACAUUCUGGUUUCAGAGUCCCUUUGUUGCAAAGUUGCUGAUUUUGGCCUGGCUAGACUCGUCGAGAAUGAAUACCUUGCAAAGGAAGGUGCCAAAUUUCCUAUCAAAUGGACAGCACCAGAAGCAAUUAACUAUGGAGUUUUCACAAUCAAAUCUGAUGUCUGGUCCUUUGGAAUUCUUCUCACUGAAAUUGUUACCUAUGGACAGACACCCUAUCCAGCUAUGAUGAAUCAUGAUGUUAUCAGGCAUAUAGAACAGGGCUACCGGAUACCUUGUCCAGAAUCAUGUCCCUUUAAUCUCUAUGCAAUUAUGUCAAAAUGUUGGAAGGAGAACCCAGAAGAACGACCGACAUUUGAAUACCUCCAGACUACCCUUGAAGACUUUUAUACAACCACAGAAAAACAGUAUGAAUCGGAACUCAAAAUGUCUUGACAAAGAGGAUUUUUUAAAAUCAUAGCAUGGAAUAGUUUGGGAGAAUUUCAUCUUAGCUGCACUUUGCAAAGUUGUUCCCAAUCAUAGAAGUUAAGUCAUAUGCAUCUCUGAAGCUCUAUAUACUGCAUGUCCUUGCCUGGCUUUGGUUUCCCCACCCAGUGAGAAAUAAUGUAAACCAUCAAGACUGGAUUUGGAGAAGAAAGAACAUGUGACAAGAGUAAGGUCUCACUCUUUCACUCAUGCUUCCCGAAUGCAUGUCCAUAUCAAUUGUUCUGAAAUGGUACCUUCCACACUAUGAGAAAGGAUCCAAAGUAUGAUGUAAGUUCAGUCUAGGUAAAAUAAAUGUUUCCAUUCAGAUUGCCUCUGGAAUCAGA